AUGGAGAACGGAGUUGACGAGAAGGGACAGACACCAACAAAAGAUUCUGUAGAGAAGGGUACUACAGAAAGGGACGUCUCGGCUCCUGAGAUGGAAAUCGAAGCCAAAGACGCCAUCAAUAAUAAGGCAGAUAUUACACUGAAGUCUGCUGAAAUCGAAAACCGAGAAACUGACGUGGAAAACAGAGAUAUGGACGUCGACAAUAGAGAUACAGACGUAGAAAACGUCGAAAAUAUCGUAUCGCUCCUGACCCUCCUAUAUAUCGAUAUGGAGAACGGAGUUGACGAGAAGGGACAGACACCAACAAAAGAUUCUGUAGAGAAGGGUACUACAGAAAGGGACGUCUCGGCUCCUGAGAUGGAAAUCGAAGCCAAAGACGCCAUCAAUAAUAAGGCAGAUAUUACACUGAAGUCUGCUGAAAUCGAAAACCGAGAAACUGACGUGGAAAACAGAGAUAUGGACGUCGACAAUAGAGAUACAGACGUAGAAAACGUCGAAGUAGACAUGGUCGAGGAUUCCGCUAGUGAAGAAGACGACGCCUGUACACCUCCUGACGCUGCAAUGGACGUGAACGUCUCGUGUGACGACGAAUGUGCAGAGCCCAUAAAAAUAGUCGAAGAUAUGCCACGUUGUGAAAGCGACUACAUGACGGAGGAAGAAGACGAUCCCGACGAUCUGUACAAACCUGAAGGCACAAUCUACCUCGAUAUUGAUGGGUUUAGCCAAUUCUGUAAAGGAUCACCAGAAACUCAACAGCGUCUCUCGAAACCUGUAUUUGUACGAGGACUACCGUGGAAGAUCUUGGCAAUUCCAAGGGAUGCGGCCAGAGUUGGUACGGGUACUCGACCGAACAAAGCACUAGGCUUUUUCCUGCAAUGUAAUGGAGACUCCGACGCUGUCGCCUGGAAUUGCAUAGCAUCAGCAUCUUUAAAGGUUCUUGGUCAAGUAGAAGGUUUCGAUGAUCAUUCGCGACGGAUAACACAUACGUUUUAUCCGAAGGAGAACGAUUGGGGAUACUCACAAUUCCUAACUUGUGAUCAUUUAAUAAAUCCUGAAAAUGGCUUCAUAAAAGAUGAUACUAUCCGCCUUGUCGUCCAUGUGUCGGCAGAUGCUCCGCACGGUGUACAAUGGGACAGUAAAAAACAUGCUGGUUAUAUUGGACUUAAGAAUCAGGGUGCCACUUGUUAUAUGAAUUCUAUUCUACAGACUUUAUAUUUUACAACGAAGUUGCGAAAGGCAGUAUACGAUAUGCCGGUAUCACAAGAUGAUUCAGAAAAUAAUGUUGCCUUGGCCAUGCAGCGGGUAUUCUAUGAUUUACAGCACUCCGACCGUCCCGUCGGAACAAAGAAGCUAACGAAGUCGUUUGGGUGGGACUCGUUGGAGACAUUUAUGCAACAUGACGUUCAGGAACUCUGUAGGGUAUUGCUCGAUAAUCUGGAGAGUAAGAUGAAGAAAUCUCCUGUGGAAGACACCAUACCAAAUUUGUUCCGUGGUGUUAUGAAGUCUUAUAUUCGUUGCACUAACGUCAGCUUUGAGAGCAGUAAAGAGGAACCAUUUUAUGAUAUCCAGCUCAAUAUAAAAGGCAAAAACAAUAUCAUGCAAUCCUUCCGCGAGUACGUUCAAGUAGAGCGGCUGGAUGGUGAGAAUAAGUACGAUGCUGGCGAUUACGGUAUGCAGCCAGCUGAGAAAGGCGUGAAAUUUGUCUCGUUUCCGCCUGUUCUGCACCUGCAACUGAUGCGCUUCCAGUACGAUGCUACCCUUGAUGCUAAUGUUAAAAUUAAUGAUAAGUUUGCUUUCCCGGAUAAGCUAUGCCUAAAGGAGUUCAUGGAAGGGAAUGGAGAAGAUUACACCUAUUGUCUUCAUGCUGUUCUUGUCCAUUCCGGUGAUUUCCAUGGCGGUCAUUAUGUCGUGUUCAUCAACACUGGACUCCGUCCACCUGGAGAGAAAUACAAACCGAAGUGGUGCAAAUUUGAUGAUGACGUCGUAUCGCGAGCAACAGUGAGGGAAGCUGUGAUGGCCAACUAUGGAGGAGACGAUGGCGAGUCGACGGGACGAACCUAUACGAAUGCAUACAUGCUUGUCUAUGUGAGACAGAGUUGCAUAGAUGAUGUCCUCUGCCAGAACGAGAAUCUGCAAGUACCAGCUCACCUUGUGCAGAGAUUCGAAAAUGAACGCGAGGAAGAAAAUAAGAAGAAAAAGGAGAAGCAGGAGGCUCAUCUCUACACCGAGAUUGUCAUGGUCACUGACGAGCACCUCGCCAGUUACAAUGGAUUUGAUUUGGUUGACCCGAAACUUCUAGACGACACUGGUCUGCCUCGUGAAAAAAUCGAGAAGAACAUGACAAUUCCUCAACUAUACGACUAUGUGAAGAACAAGCUUUUCUCCGGCGAAUCUGAGAUUGAUAUCCCUGCUCGGGAGAUGUUUAGAAUUUGGAAGUUCGAAGAGACAACCUACAAGGACGAGGGUAGUAUAAUGUCGGCAUUACCACGUUUGCGCCCAACAUCACUGAUUCCGCAUUCCGAAGAGACGCAGGAGAAAACUCUAGAAGCUGUUCUGGAAAAUGAUCGUAAUUUGUUGUACAUAGAGACUACUGCGUCACACUCGUUGAGGAGUUACAAUGAAAACUCCGAGAUGCUGAUGUUCCUCAAGUACUACGAUGAAGAGUCACGCUCUCUGCGAUAUGUCGGCCAUUUCAUAGUUGCCUAUCGUCAGAGCAUGUCUGCAUACACCAACGAGUGUUUGAAGCUCAUUGGCUUGCCGGAAGGCACACCACUCCGCUUCUACGAGGAAGUCGCUCCUGAUCGCAUUCGCUUGAUUGAAAGUCUCGGCAAGCCGCUGUGUGCUGACAAUACCGUAGUUGAAGUUAGCGACGGAGGGCUGCUGAUUGCCGAGCGUCAGGAUCGCACAAACGACACCAACAACGCAAAGCUGCACUUGGACACCCUAUACAAUACUAUCGACAUUGAAGCCAUUGCCAAUAAUGACUCGUUCGUUUCCAGUCAUGCUGAGAUUGAUCCACCAAUUACCGGAACUAUCGGACUGAACUGGACCAUGCGACAAUUAGUGGAUUACAUUGGUAAAGAAAUCAAUUACGAUCCUGCCAAAAUUCUUCUGUGGCGUGUGUCCCCGUUCAAUGAUCGUGCCACUCAAUUUUUAACCGAUGCGCAGUGUAAGGUGCUACGUGUGAACGGUCUAUUGGGAUUGGCAGGCGCACAGCUUCAUGAUCCUCGCCGUAAUAAAAGGUAUCGCGUUGUGUACACAAAGAUGCCGAUCCCGAUAGCCGACAUGGAACGGAAGCGGCAAAUGAAAAUCCAAAUGAUGGAUGAGAAAAUGGCUAUCACGGAAAUCACCAUUUUCCCUGAGAAGACUGGCACAGUGCGUGAUAUUCUUGAAGAGGCCCGGCGCGAGUUCAAAUUUGCUCCGAAUGGUACAGGAAAGCUCAGAUUGGUUUAUGUCGGCCAAAGUAGCCAGAGCAUGAGGGCAUACAUGAUCUUCAAGGAAGAGACAUCAGUCAUGGAAGUGUUUCAGAAGACGAUGACUCCAUCCAUGUAUAUGGGUCGUGUGGAAGAAGUUCCCCAAGACCAGUUGGUAGUGAGAAGCAACGAAUAUCUCGUACCCAUAGCACAUUUUGACAAAGACCCUGGCCGAAUGUUCGGCGUUCCGUUCUUCCUGAAGGUGUCAAACGACGAACUAUUGUCAAGUGUUCGGGAACGCAUUCAACAGCGUCUCGAUAUACCCGACAAGGAGUACGAGAAGUACAAAUUUGCACUGAUAUCAUCGUCGCGUGUUGUGAGGUAUCUCGAUAUGACGUCAAACGGAAGGGUUAAUCUUGCCGAGCUGGGUCAUGCCCACGUCGCAUCGCUAGUAACGUCUCCUUAUCUCGGCCUCGAUCACAUGAAUAAGUCUCGUGGAGCUCGUGGAUCACAUGCCGCCGAAAAGGCGAUUGUCAUUCAUAACUGA